UUUUAAUUUUUUUUCUUGUCGUCUGCAGACAGAGAGCGCCGCUGAGCAAAAGCAACGAGAACACCCCCCUUCCCCUGCUCUCGCUCUUGUUGCUUGCUUGCUUGCUUGUGGUGUUUGGUUGGUUCGUUGGUUGACAGAGACGAAAGCGUUUGUUGUGUUGUGGAGGAGGCGAGCCAUCGUUCAUCAGCGUCAGCAGCAGCGUCAUCAGCAUCAACACCAGUAGCUGAUAGCAAGCCAAUAGCGCAGAAGACCUGCCAGGAAGACAGAAGCUUGCUUUGGUGGUGUGGGUUUCCUUUAGGGCAGCACACAACAGUCCAUCGAUCAAAGCCAACAGCAUGGCUUCCCAAUUCAAGAUUGUGUUGUUGGGGGAAGGCUGUGUGGGUAAGACGUCCAUUGUCUUGCGGUACUGCCAACAGACCUUCAACGAGAACCAUGUGUCAACACUACAGGCGUCGUUCUUGAAGAAGAAGAUCAACUUGAAUCAGCAACGAGUGGAGCUUGCCAUCUGGGACACGGCGGGGCAGGAGAAGUUCCAUGCACUGGGACCCAUUUAUUAUCGCAACAGUCACGGCGCCGUGCUUGUCUACGAUAUCACAGACCAGGACUCGUUCCAAAAGGUCAAGAACUGGGUUCGUGAGCUGAAGAAGAUGCUUGGAAGUAACAUCGCCCUCACCAUUUGCGGCAACAAAUCCGACCUCGAGAGGCAACGAACAGUCGACCAAGCAGAGGCGGAAGCGUACGCUGCCUCGGUUGGCGCCAAGCAUUUCCAGACGUCCGCCCGCCUCAACCGCGGCAUUGACGAGAUGUUCCUCGACCUCGCAAAACGAUUGGUACAGCAGGGGGCCAAAGCGCCCAAGGCGCAGUCGCGUGUGAGCGUGCUGGUGGAGGAUGAUGACGUGCAGCCAGACUCAAAAGGCGGCUGCUGCUAAACACACACACGCGCACACAUCCCAUCAAAACAACACAACACAACCAACCAACCAAACAACCAACCAACCAAACAAACAAACAAACAAACAUACCAUCCAUCUCCACAUCCUUACACAUACACACUUGUGCACGCGCGCGCACCUCUCCUUCUUUUUCCAUGUUGACAUGGCAACAUGACCACCUCUCCCCCUCCCCCCCUCCCCUCCACCCUGCCGUCUUUGCUUUAUUGUUGUCAUUGAUUGGUGUUGCCUCAGCACGUGUUACCGCCUUUUCCCUUUCCCCUCCCCAAUACCACGGCUCCCCAGUGCGUCUGUGUAUUGAUUGGCACUACCCCUUCCCCUUUCGCUGUCUCGUCUCGCGCGGUUCUUCCUGCUUGAGUGCAUUUGGCGUAAGUUUAAGAUUCCAACUCUCCCAUCAUCACCGCCAUCACCAUCUCGACUUCCUCUCCAUCUCCUCUCCUCGCACUGCAUUGCUCGCACACGCACACCCACAUGCACACUGCACACAAUCACUUGCAUGCUAUUGUGACUUCAUAUUUGUGUGCGUGUUGUGUGUUUGAGCCAAAGCUCUGCUGUACCCGCUGCUUCCAUCCCUGUCGUCCUUCCCUUUUGUUUUCCCCCUUUGUUAUAUUUGACGUGCUGGGCGUGUGUUGCUUGCUUGUUGGCAACAACCUUGUCGUAGUGGCGUUGAUUGCUCUUAGGCCUACUGUGUGUGUGUGUGUGUGUGUGUGUGUGUGUGUGUGUGUGUGUGUGUGUGUG